UGGCGUACUGUGGCGCUGCCGCCCUGACGUUCCCCUGGCGCUGUGCAGCUGAGUGUGAGGAGGAGUCUAUCUCCGGUUCUGUCUUACCACCUGCUCUUGAAUUGUGAGCAGAGAAGCCAAAAGGGAGUCUGGUGUCCUGUCCUGUCGCCGUGAAGCUGUUUUACUGUAGUUCAGGUCUUGUCAGGAUGAGUCCGGGUCACGAAUUUGAGCUGCUGCAGACGUUGCAGCGCUGACUGGAGCCAGUGACCUUUGAGGAUGUGUCUGUGAACUUCAGUCUAGGAGAAUGGGCUCUGCUGGAUUCCUACCAAAAGAAGCUCUACAGAGAUGUGAUGAUGGAGACCUUUAUGAACCUGAUUUCCAUAGGAAAGACAGAGGAAGAAAGUAUGGAUGUGAAUUACCCAAUGGUCCAGAGAAAUCGGAGAAUUCAGGUGGUUGAGAAAUUCUGUGACUGUGAACAUGGUAGUCAGUGUGGAAAGACCCACCAACAGAAGACAGAGCAUAUUGCUAAUGGGGAGAGUCAUCCUGCAAUCACAGCCUAUGAAAGCAGUGUGAAUAUAAAAGACAUCAAUGGUCACUCAUCCUCAGAUGCGCUCCUUAGAGGUCAAAAUGAAGAGAAACCAUACGGAUGCCAAGAACUCAGGGAAAAGGCUAUUAAACAUGAAAAAUGUUGGAAAGAUGUUAUUUAUUCUGAAUCCUUCCAGACACUUGAGAGGGUUCAUGCUACAGAGAACAUUUGUGAAAAUAAACACACCAAUGAAUCUUACAUGAUUCCCACUUCUCAUCAAGAUUAUGAGAGAACUCACACUGGAGAUGAGCUACACAAGUAUAAACAAUUUGAGAAAACCUUAACGGGAGAAAGUUAUAUUCAAAUAUAUGAAAGGAUCCAUACUGGAGAAAAACCAUUUGCUUGUAAGCAGUGUGGAGAAGCCUUUGUUAAUUCCAGUCACCUGACCAAACAUAAGAGAAUUCACACGAGAGAGAAAACAUUCUCAUGUAGACAUUGUGGUGAAACUUUCCUGUAUUCCAUGGCCCGUCGUAAUCAUGAAAAAACUCACAAAACACACAAAAGAGAACGUAGUUUCAUAUGUAGACAUUGUGGUGAACCUUUCCUGUAUUCCACGGCCCGUCAUAAUCAUGAAAAAACUCACAAAAGAGAACGUAGUUUCAUAUGUAAACAUUGUGGGAAAGCAUGCAUCCACUCUUACCAACUUCUUCAGCAUGAAAGACGUCACACUCGAGAAAAACGUUUCACAUGUGAUCAAUGUGGCAAAGCAUUUAGACGGUCCUCAAACCUUCACAAACAUGAAAGAAUUCACAGUGAAAAAUGUUAUGCAUGUAAACAUUGCGGGAAAGCUUUUAUCACUGAGGGCAACUGUUACAACCAUGAAAGAAUUCACACUACAGAGAAAACAUAUGUUUGCAAGCAGUGUGGGAAAGGAUUUACACUUCCCUCAUACCUUCGAAAACAUGAAAGACGUCACACUGGAGAAAAAUGUUACACAUGUGAUCAAUGUGGCAAAACAUUUAGACGGUCCUCAAACUUUCUCAAACAUGAAAGAAUUCACAGUGAAAAGAAACGUUAUGCAUGUAAACAUUGCGGGAAAGCUUUUAUCACUGCGGGCAACUGUUACAGCCAUGAAAGAAUUCACACUGCAGAGAAAAAGUAUGUUUGCAAGCAGUGUGGGAAAGGAUUUACACUUCCCUCAUACCUUCGAAAACAUGCAAGAAUUCACACUGGAGAGAAGCCCUAUACAUGUAAAUAUUGUGGGAAAGCCUUCACCCAUUCUAGUGCUUAUUACAAGCAUGAAAAAAUUCACACUAGAGAGAAACCAUAUGUAUGUGUAGAGUGUGGGCAGGCAUUCACCUUUUCCAAAUCCCUUCAAAUUCAUGAAAGAACUCAUACUACUAGAGAGAAAUUUUAUGAGUGUAACCAGUGUGGGAAAGCUUUUACAUGUUUCUUAUACCUUCAAAGGCAUGAAAGAUCUCACAAUGGGAAGAAACCCACUGGGUAGAACUCAUACCUCUGUAAGCUGUGUAACUAGUCAACUUACUGUUGAGAAUAUUUAUUUAUUUAUCAUUUGUUUAUUUGUAUGAGGUUUGGGUUAAGAAUACACUCGCCUCAGUGUACACAUGGGGAGCCCCAGACAGCUUUCUGGAUUCAGUUCUCAUAUUUCCUUUAUGUGAGUCCUGAUGAUGGAGCUCAGAUCCUUAAUCUCCUUAACCCGAACGACCCUUCUGAGCCAGCCCACCAGCAUUUAACGUGCUUUUUUUAUGAAUGACAAUUCUUAAAUAAGUUUUAUAUUUUGUAAUUUCCUAUGUAUACUUUUUCCAACAAACUAAUGGAUAGACGGGGCUUGAAGGAUGGCUCAAUAGUUGUUUACUUGCUGUGAUUGCAAAGAGAGGACCUGGCUUGAAGUCACAGCACCCAUGUGGUGACUCACAGCCAUCAGUAACUCCAGUUCCUCGUGAUCUGACACCCUCUUCUGGGCUCUGAACAUUGUGUAUACACACUACAGGCAAAAUACAUAAGAUAAUAAGCCUUUAAAAGAAUGAAGAUAUACUGGAUAAAACUUAUAAGAGUAAUUUUCCCCAUAAGUGCAAGUGUAUAUAGAUGCAUACCUGCCCUUGCAUCAGGCACCAUAGUGUAUACCUUUUAUUCCAACACUGGGGACAGAGGCUAGAAAAGUAUAACACUAAAUAUAGGGGUUUUGAAUACAAUUUGUGAGACUUGAGAAAAGACCAUUUACAACCAAAUUAAGUUGUCACUGUUAAAACAUGAGAGGUCCAGGUGUGCCGGCACACACCUUUUAUUUUACCACUUGGAAGGAGGAAAGAGUUAGGCAGGUCUGUCUGGACUCCAGGCCAGUCAGGGAUACUGAGACCCUGCCUCAAGAAAGGUGGGGGUGGGGUGCGGCGCUAGUUUAACAUAGCUACUUUUAGGUCAGCCCGAGCUACAUGAAACUCAGAAAAAAAAUGUUGUGAAGAGGCAAAAAUUCUAAAUUUUCUUAUACAAUUGGAUUUUGCAAACGUGAGUGUAAAUCCUUAAGCAAAUUAACAUAUGCAAAUAAAAUAUUCCUGAAAUGAUCACAAAAAAUUAAGUACAUGUUACUCAUGUUUAAUGUUUAUAAUACUUGCCUAUUCUUACUCAAGACUUUUUGACUGUAUCAUACUUCUUUUUUCAUUGAAAGUAUAACUUAGUGAAUAAUUUAUGAUUGCCCAUGACUGUCAUCCCUGAUGUAUAAAAAUCUGAGAUGAGAGAGUAAACUUAAGCUCACAUUUGAAGGAGCAAAAACAUCAA